AUGUCCCAGAGCAGCACUGAGUCCUCCUCCAUCCCCCCAUCCUCUCAAAUCCCUCCGUCAUCCUUCUCCUCCAUGGACUAUUACGAAACACCACAACGGCAUCACCAUAUUCACCAUCCUCUCACUCCAAAUUCUCAAAUGUCUACUACUCACAUGGCCACCCACCCACCUCCGUUACUGAGUCACUCGAGCACGCUUUCACAGGCCUCGACGGCCGCGUUUUCCAUUCGCGACUCCCCCGAUAUAGAUGAACGACCUUCGUCGCCUUACUCUUCUCGUGAUUCUCCCCCACCGUCAAUGAUAAUGUCAACGACAGCCACGCCUAUUAUUCACCCAACAGGCGUGAAUCCCCAGUAUAAUCCGUUCCCAGCGAGCCCAUCUAUUGCCGUGUCCUCCGCAGGGUCGAAACGGACGGCAUCAGGCACCGUCAAGAACACGUUCCCCAACAGCGCGUCAUCUGUUCCCAAUUCGCCUGCUACGCCGGUAACACCAAGGUUCGCGAGGAUGCACACGGGAAUUGAUGCUAGUCCGAAGAACGUUUCACAGAUUUCUACCCAACUUCGAACACGCUUGACGUACGCCUUACUUAAACUCGAGAACAACUGGACUACAGAGUCUCUAGACCAAGUUGAAGCGCGAAUAUCGCAAGGGCAGCACCCCAACUCGCCUUCCCCACGCGUGCAUAUAAAACGUGAACCUAGUGCGGGGGAUGAGCAUGCAGGCGCGUUCGACUCGAUUCGGCGGCACACAAGAACCAGUAGUGAACCGAACACCGCGCGCCCACUUUCUGGAGGCGGUGGUACAGGUAGUAGAACAUAUGAAUCUUUUUGGAGGGACCAUCAAGCCAAUCCAAUACGCGCCAAAAUACUCCAAGCAAAGGCUGCAUCUCAAGCGGGAGGACUUCAACCUCCGGCACAGAUUAUCCCAGACCGUGAUCGCCGUUCAUACUACAACCCUCCCCGACACCCUCCAACGUUAACACCGAGUGGGAGUAACCUAAGUACGUAUAGUAAUUAUUCCACGGCUUCAUCCGUGUCAAUGGUGGCAAAUACACCCCCACCAGCAGGAGCUGCAGCACAGCGAACCAUGGAGCAGGACGCGGUAGAAAGCUUGAUGUUCUUGUCCUCACCAGGCAACUCCCGCCCUUCAUCUCAGCAAGCAAUUUCUAUGCACAAUUCUCAGAAUUCGCAGAAUUCCCAACACUCGCAGCAUUCACAGCCUCCCGUAGCAACCUUUCACCCUUCGCCGUCACCUCACAACCCAUCGCGUUCAAGGCACAAUUAUGCACGCAACGCGACCACGUGGCCACGCGACAGACCGCGUCAUAAGCAGGCUAGACUAGGACUAGAUGGGAUUGGCGUGGCCAUAGGGCCUGGGGUCGUGGAGGAAGAUGAUGCAACGGAUGAGGAAACUGGUCCGGAUUCCGUGAACGCAAGAGCUGGAGGUGGAGGCCGCGAGGGGCGAUCCAGAUUUGACGAUGUCAGUUCUGCGGAUCGUAGUGGGCGCCAGAGAGGAGAAAAUGAUGGUGGGUUAUCUAAAUCGGCUCAUGGAAGAGGUAGAAUGGGGAGUAUUGGGGGGGGCGGCGCGACUGCGCCAUCACCGGCGGCCCGAGGAGUGGCGGGAAUGGGGGGUUAUUGA